ACCCUAGAAGCUUGAAUGCUGCCUUUAUGUUAGGGUGGCUCUUCCGACCCGCUGGGACUUGAUGCAUGAGUCAGAAACGGGCGGGAUCCACCCUUGGGGUUCCUGCCUUGCUGGCCGAAACUGUGGGCUCUUUACGCCUUUACAGGCAGAGGUGGAGGAGACCUUGAAGCGACUUCAGAGCCAGAAGGGCGUGCAGGGAAUCAUUGUGGUGAACACAGAAGGCAUUCCCAUCAAGAGCACCAUGGACAACCCCACCACCACACAGUACGCCAACCUCAUGCACAACUUCAUCUUGAAGGCCCGGAGCACAGUGCGGGAAAUUGACCCCCAGAAUGACCUUACCUUCCUUCGAAUUCGCUCCAAGAAAAAUGAAAUUAUGGUUGCUCCAGAUAAAGACUAUUUCCUGAUUGUGAUUCAGAAUCCAACCGAAUAAGCCGCUCUCUUGGUUCCUUGUGUCAUUCCGUAAUUUAAUGCCCCUCAAGAAUGAUAGCGUUAAUCAUGUCAACUGACUGGCACGUGGAAGUCACCUUAGAGCCCUCUCAGACCAAUCCAGUGGCCAAGGGUGGGCUGCAGCUCCACCCAUCCCACCAAAGUGUCCCCUGCCGGCCAGUGGCCCCUGAGUUUCCGGGAGGGCCCUCUUUCCUCGCAUCCAGGUCAUGGAAUAAGAGCUUGUGAAAAGCCCACCCCCUGUUUCCUUCUGACUUUGAGUUCAUUUUGUUGCCCUUGGAAAAGGCUGUUUUUCUUUAACUAAAAAUAACCCAAACGCUUA